UCUAAUAGCUAUACUUCAUAAAAGCCUAUAAAUAUCCCUCCAAAUCCAGCAACAAACAAAUGAAGCAAACAAGAACAAAAUGAUAUCAACCAUGCAACAAUUCUCCUCAUGCAUAUUACUUCUCCUAAUGAUCCUAACCGCACAUAAUUUCAUUCCUGCUAACUCAGAAAAUUGCAAUCCAGAUGACAAAAAAGCCCUUCUCCAAAUCAAGAAACAAUUUGGCAACCCAACUCAACUCUCUUCAUGGGAUCCAACCACAGACUGUUGCAACAGCACAUGGCUAGGUGUAGAUUGUGACAACUUCACCCCAACUUACCGUGUCACAAACCUCGAAUUCUCCGACCUCAACCUUCCCAAACCUGUCCACUUUCCACCCUCUAUAACUAACCUUCCUUCCCUUGUUGACCUCUCUCUGACCCGCAUUCCCAACCUUGUUGGUCCUAUCCCGCUCUCCAUUGCCAACCUCACCACACUCCGGUAUAUCACCAUCACCCAAACCAACAUCUCCGGCGAGAUACCCUACACCCUUUCACAGAUCAAAACACUUGUAACCAUCGAGUUCAAUUACAACAAACUCAUCGGUCCCCUCCUCGCCUCACUUUCAACUAUCCCUAGCCUUGUUGGAAUUGGCUUCAACGGCAACCAACUCACCGGAACAAUACCUGAAUCGUACGGCUCAUUCCCGCCUCUCUUUACAGGGUUGCUUCUCUCACGAAACCGUCUCUCAGGGAAGAUUCCGGCUUCACUCGGGAAACUGAACCUUGCUGACUUGGACUUGUCACGGAACAUGUUGGAGGGUGAUGCAUCGAUGUUUUUUAAGUCGAACAUACUUACUUAUACUAUAUCUUUGGCGAUGAACUCAUUCACUUUUGAUAUUGGGAAAGUUGGGCUGUCAAAGGAUUUGAAUAAGUUGGAUAUAAGGAACAAUAAAAUCUAUGGUAGGCUACCUGAAGGAUUGGCGAAUCUCCGGUAUCUGCACAAGUUGAAUGUGAGCAACAAUAAUCUGUGUGGUCAGAUUCCAAGCUUAAGGUUUGACGAGAGUUGUUAUGCUCAUAAUAAGUGCUUGUGUGGUUCUCCUCUUCCUGCUUGCAAGACUUGAACUGAAUUAACAUAUCCUACAAAAUUUACAUAUAUGUGUCUUGAAUAAAGAAGAUGGUGGUCUUCAAUUUCAUUUCUAUUUCUAUUAUAAUACAUAUAAGAAAGAUGUAUUGAAAAAAUGAGAUUAAUUUUGAUACAUUGUAAAUAGUUUUAUAUUGUCCACAAAUUGCUACGACUCAUAUGUGUUGGGGAGAGAUGAUAUAUAUGGACAUUCAAGAAGCAGAAUUAAAAAAAUUAUGUGUCAAUCUUAUAAGCAAUAUUUCA